AAAAUGUGGAGCCGAUUCAUAGACACGCUGCAUUUCCUUUAACAUCCUGUGAGUCAGCGGGUGGCUUUUACGAAGCACUUCCGGCUCUCCGAGGUAGCAUUCCUCCUGCACUGACUACAAGGCAGCUUCUCUCAGGUUCUGAUGAGAGCUAUGAUUUAUCAAGGUGUAUACAGAAGAACUUCCUCUCUGUGGUGCAGGUUACACUCUACCUAUGUUAGAAAAAUGCGAUACUUGUUUGAGCUAAAGGAAGAUGAUGGCAUUUGUAGGAAAGCCCAGAACUCAGGAACAUUCUACCUCUUUCACAAUCUCUCUCCAUUCCUUAAGAAAGUUGGGAGCAAGUACUUGGCACCACAGAUAAGUGUAGCAGAAAUGAAAAGCAUGCUGGGGAAGUUCAAACAGAAUGAACAGAUGAUAGAGGACUCAGUGCUGAUUGGCUGUUCAGAUGAAUGCGUGGCAUACUUUGCCCUGGAUCUAGGUUAGAAUUACGCCUCCAUCUAUGUCUCAGCCAUUGGCUGCUAUAUUUGUUCACUUAAAUCUGCAAGUAAAGGAAGCCCAGGCACACUGAUGGAGAUGCUGUUUAGGCAGCGCGCUUAGCCCUUGAUGGGUGAGAAGUUGCUUCUGAAGGAAGUCCUCACUCAUCCUUGAUGGGAAGUACUGUGACUUCACGGGAGCCACUUUACGGAAUUUUUAUAUAAUGGCUCAGGCCCUUCUUCGUUGGCAUGACACCCAUCAGUACUGUAGCAAAACUGGGCAGCCUACCCAGAAGAACCUAGCUGGCAGCAAGCGUGUUUGCCAUACCAACGGAAUAAUUUAUUAUCCACAGAUGUCCCCAGUGGUUAUCACUUUGGUGUCUGAUGGGAGCCGGUGCCUUCUUGCCCGACAGGCGUCAUUCCCAAAGGGGAUGUACAGUGCUCUGGCAGGCUUCUGUGAUGUGGGUGAGACUCUGGAGGAGACAGUCCGACGGGAGGUGGCAGAAGAGGUGGGAUUGGAGGUGGAGUCUCUGUGGUAUUCUGCUUCUCAGCACUGGCCCUUUCCCAACAGCUCCCUAAUGAUAGCUUGUCAUGCCAUGGUGCAACCACAACAGACCAAGAUCAGCGUGAACAAACUGGAGUUGGAAGCAGCCGGCUGGUUCAGCCUGGAGGAGAUAAUGGAAGCAUUCGGACGGGAGCCUAAGCCUUUGAAACAGGAGGAUGGCAGCUUUUCACUUUGUCUGCCACCCAAGUGGGCCAUAGCCCACCAACUGAUUCAGGAGUGGAUUAAGCUGCAGGCUUCCACGCCUGCUUAGGCACAGUCUAUCAAGCCUUUAUUUUAGCAGGAAAAACAAGUGAGGACAAGUUCUCACAGUGGUGACCCAGCCAGAAUGGCUCAUAAACCAUCUUAGAUUCAGGUACACCUGGGGCACAGACGCAUAUUUGGAUAAGCCCCAGCAACCCUGAUACACAAAGAGUCAUCAAUUAGACACAAUACCAUAAGUUCCAGUAAAUCUAAAAAAACCCCAAAAGCCCAAACCAGCGUGUCAUCAAACCAGCUACAAGCCUGCAUGAUAGACAUCAGAACGGUCAAGCCCUACCACGUUUUUCCUCGAGCCCUCUUGGAAUAAAGGAUUCCACUCAUUUUCCUCUGUUUUACCCCCUUAGACAUCUCUGAUGUCACACAAUAGAGCCUCACUCUUUUUGACAGAGGACUAGGUAGGAUUCCAUUUAGGGCCUGUCAGUGUUGGUCCUAGUGCUGCUCUUGCAUUUUUUGACAAAGUGUGGGAAUAGUGGGAGUGCAAAUUUCAUUAAGUUCCCUCCUUCCAUUGCUCCCCUGCCCCAUCAAGUCUCCCACUAUGCUCAUCUUCAUACAAAAAUACCCUUGAUUUCCUUUGCUGCUACAUUUGUUCAUAUUGGACUUAGCAGCAAAAAGUAUUACAAGGCCCUCCCUCAGUGCCGAGCACAUUGCCUCUACAGCGUUCCAUCCCCAGGGAGCAAGAUUUGGUGAUAAACAGCAGAGGAACAAAACCUGCAUAAAGCUUUAACUUGCUUGAUAUUCUGGAAGAGCCCCCAUGACUCAAAGGGUAAUAGAAAUCAUUGAGAGCCUUAGGAACUACAUUUCCGUCUCAGUUCAUGGGGUAUCUCACUUAACUCCAUGCAUUGCUUAACUACGGAGCAUUUCUGUGGAGCAGAGUCCAGUCACAAGGUUCACGGGUUUGGCUAGAUAUGUGCUCCCCUUGUACUGGUGGAAUAGCAGGUUAUCACCCUCUGGGAGACCCACUGAAGCAUAGCCUUGGGCAGGCAGAGACUAAUAGCCUAAUAAUGGAGUUACCUGGAGUUCUGAUUUGCUGGUAAUUAAACUGGAAGAAUUCAGGGUGGCUUCACCUUCUGCUUACUUGGUUGAGUUCUUGGGAAAAUGCACAGAUGCCCACAGUUCCAAGGCUAUUAGUAUGGACAUUUGGAGGGAGAAGUGCAUUUUUAAUUCUCACCAAUUGAUCCUGCUCCUGGCCAAACACUGCUAGCUACACAUUUUCUAUAGUCACGCAUUGUUGUGUUGUAACAGUCUGGCAUCCAGCUUUCUUUAAAAUGUAAUUUACUUUGGCUCUGCUGGUUUGUUCUCCAUUCUUCCCCUGCAUGCGUGGUGUCUGGGUUCCCUCUUUCUGGGUUCCCUCUUUCUGGCUCUUACUCUCAUCAUCCUUUCUUUCCCUUGCUGGAAUACAGGGGAAUUAGGAAUGAGGUAGAGAAUGGGUGUAGAUCAGUCUUGUCUUCUUAUUUCCAUUUUCUAUUGUUUUCUAGCCUGCCUCUGGAACCUGUUUUUCUCAUGUGCACAGAACUCUACUUUGGUGCAUCAACUUCUUGAUGCCUCCUCCAGCACCUCUCUCACCCCCCUCCCCCCAAUCCACUCACACCAUGACUACUGAUUACGGAGAGGCAGAGGAAAGUGUGAGUAGCUCAGGGCAGCACAAGGCAACGACAAGAAGAAAAGGAGUGGCUCAGACAGAUGAGAUGAGAAACUCAUAAUUGCAGUGUAGUCCACAUGUCAAAACUCAAAAGGAAAAACAUGUUUUGGUAUGUCAAAGAAAUGUGGAAGUAUUUUGCAACUUCUGCAGCCUGUGGGGAUUUAUUUUUAGGACAAAACAGGGUGUGUACCUCUUCGCAAUCUUUCUCCAAGUUUUAUAAAUAUACAAUAUAUAUUUACCAUGUAUGUUUGUCAUUAAGCCCUAGAAUGGUCUGCUAGAGACACAUACCUAUCUUAAGAGGCCUCACACCCAGUGUACUCUAAGUACUGAGAAUGCAUCUGUGUUGUGCUCUGUUCAGCUUUUACAAUACUUCCAAAUGAAUUUUAAUUAGAAGAGCAUAAGCACGCAAAGUCAAAGUCACUAAAGAAUGUUUACAUUUACACAAAUGCCACAGCAAUCUUUAGCUUCCCACAGCUUUACACCUUGCUGCCUCUCAGCCUUUUCAACUUUUGUCUCUUCUACUUUGCUGCCAAGGACUAUUUAGUGGGACUUCAUUUGGAUGCUGGGUGACCACCAAACACAGCAAGCUAAAAAUCAGCACUGCUUCCUCCAUCCUUCUGACAAAGGGGAGGGGGGAAGCUGCUGUCCUGCCCCAUCUCCAUAGUGUUUGAUGCUAAAGUUGCUCUGUGCUCCCAAGAGUUCAGGAUGCUCCUCUCUAGCCAGCUGGCCUUUCAGCUCCAGUUGGGAUUCCUGUAGUACAGGCCUCCCGCUCUGAAAUCUUGACUUCACCCACAUAUUUAUCACUCUGAAGGCAUUUGACUACCUGGAUUUUUUUGCUCUCUGCCAGCCCAAAGCCCAAAGGAAAAAAAAAAAAAGCUUUCUUGAUUUUCAAAAAGGGAGACUUGGGCAAGCCCCACUCCAGCCACAGAGGAUUUACGCUUGAUCUAAAAGUACUGAUGAUGCAGUGUGACUUGGGAGAAACUGCAUGCACAGACAAGUAGAUAAAGCCUUAAGAAAGAGAGGCUCAUUUUCCCUUCCAUUGCUGCAAGAGAUCCCACAUUUGCUCCCAGUGAGUUAGGUGGUAAUUUAAUUUCCUAAUAGCUGAAUCACUUAAUUAUUAUCCAAGAUUAGACACCUUAAUAGUAAUCAGAAUACUGUGGGCUGGUUAUGAUCCUGCUAGAGUGUGUGCUGCAUCAAGAGGAAUGAAGAUACAUUAUCUAUCUUCCUGCCUAAAAUAGCAAGCUUGCAGCUAAUUAAUCCAUUCAU